AUAUCAUAUAUUGUUGGAUUACAUAUCAUUUUAUUUUCAUUUGUUUAUAUUUUCUAGAGCGAACAAACUUUAAGAAGAGAAGAUGGAACCAGAACCAGAACAACAAGAUGCAUCGUCCCCUCUACCUCCAUGGGACGAGCGCCCAUGGAACAAAGAUCUGCCCGUUACAUUUAGAACAUGGGUUGAAGUGUAUGGCCAUGCUUCCAGCAUUUCCAUUUGAAGUUCCAGCGAGAGCGAACUGGAAUCCGGAUUCGUAAGAUGCGAAAGAUGCCUGAGAACUAUGUUGAAAAGAUCUUUAAGAAUGCACGAACAAUUUUCCUGUGUAUUUGGGCAAAAGAAAAAAACCUUUACAUGUCCAUACUGUUCAUUCAAGAGCGGUAUAAAAUCAAAUAUAAGAAAUCAUAUGAAGCUUGUCCAUGAAUGCCACGACGAACCUGUCGUAAUCUCGGAAUCCAGCAGCAGAUCGGUCUCCAGCUCCAGCUCCGACAGCAGCGACGACGACGACGACGAAGUUUAUCAAGAUGUCAAGAAACUCUUUUGGCGCCGCAUCAAAGCCCCUGGAGCCCCCAAACUGCCAUUGGCUGGCUAUGUGCGGUUCACGAUCGAAAAAUGCAAGGAAAUGAAACGCUCGCAUGGCUGGCACGUGAGGCAACGUGAGGAAUGGCAGCGGCUUUCAAAGGAGCGCAAGGCUCCCUACAUGGAAGCGGCCGCCAAGGGCAGAGCUGAAUACAAAAAGAAGAUGUUCCGAUUCUUCAGGAACAAUCCACAAAUUUUGAAAAAAGAGUUGGCAAAGCUGAAGAUGCCAAAUAUGACCAAAAGAAAGGCCACAGCAACUAAGAGGCAAAACAAGCACGCUUCCGACUCAGAUGAUGAUGAUUAUGAUGACAUCCCAGAUGACCCAGAUGAUUUUCCACCAUCCAAGGUUAUCCGCUUGGGUGCUGCUGGCAAAAAUAAGGAGCCAGUCGCGUCUACAGCGCCUACGAAAAUAUCAUGGACUAUAAAAUAAAAUUAUUUGAAUUAUGUAAAUUUCAGGCCAUAG